CCAGCCGCCAUUGCCUCGUGCCCGCGCCGGUCGGUUGGUGGCGCCUUUGUCCUACGGCGGGCAGGUGGGCUGAGGCCGAGGCUGCAGCGGCGGGCCUGAGGCGGAGGAGCGGCGGGGGAGGCGGCCCGCGGUGGGAGCGAUAUUAAUAAGGCAGCGGAAAGAAGAAAUAUGAAUACGGCUCCAUCAAGAACCAGCCCCACACGAAGGGAUCCAUAUGGCUUUGGAGAUAGUCGAGAUACAAGGCGUGAUCGCUCUCCAAUUCGAGGAAGUCCAAGGAGAGAAUCCAGGGAUGGCAGAAAUGGACGGGAUGCCCGGGAUAGCAGAGAGAUUCGAGAUCCUCGGGAGUUGCGGGACCACAGAGACAGCAGGGACAUUCGGGACCACAGAGACAGCAGAAAUAUACGUGACGCUCGGGACCUAAGGGAUUUUCGGGACUUACGUGAUCUAAGAGACUCUAGAGACCUUCGAUAUUAUCGAGAUCCCGAGUAUGACAGAUACAGAGAUGUAAGAGACUCCCGAGAUCCUCUGUACAGGAGAGAAGGCUCCUAUGAUCGGUACCUGAGGGUAGAUGACUAUUACCGGAGAAAAGAUGACUCUUACUUUGACCGGUACAGAGACAGCUUUGAUGGACGAGGCCCUCCUGGCCCAGAGAGUCAGUCUCGUGCAAAAGAGCGUUUGAAACGUGAGGAGCGACGUAGAGAGGAGCUUUAUCGUCAGUAUUUUGAGGAGAUCCAGCGGCACUUUGAUGCUGAGAGGCCGGUGGAUUGCUCUGUUAUUGUGGUCAACAAACAGACUAAACAUUAUGCUGAGUCUGUAGGGAGGAAGGUGCGAGACCUAGGCAUGGUUGUAGACCUGAUCUUUCUCAACACAGAAGUAUCCCUCUCACAAGCACUGGUGGACGUUAGCCGAGGAGGAUCUCCCUUUGCCAUUGUCAUCACCCAGCAGCACCAGAUUCACCGUUCCUGCACAGUCAACAUCAUGUUUGGAACUCCACAAGAGCAUCGCAACAUGCCCCAGGCAGAUGCCAUGGUGCUGGUGGCCAGAAAUUAUGAGCGCUACAAGAAUGACUGUCGAGAAAAGGAACGUGAAGAGAUAGCCCGACAGGCAGCCAAGAUGGCUAAUGAAGCCAUCCUCCAGGAAAGAGAUCGUGGAGGCCCUGAGGAGGGAGGUCGUGGCAGGCACCCUCUAGCUAUCCAGAGCCUCAUCAACCUCCUGGCAGACAACAGAUACCUCACUGCUGAGGAGACAGACAAGAUCAUCAACUACCUGCGAGAACGGAAGGAGCGGUUCCUGAGGAGCAGCGCCGACUCUCUGCCUGGCCCGAUUCCCCGACAGCCACUCGGGUCGGCCUCGAGUGCCUCACUGAAGACAAAACCAAGUUCCCAACCGCUUCAGAGCGGCCAAGUGCUCCCCUCUGCUACACCCACUCAAGCUGCACCCCCCACCUCCCAGCAAGAGCUUCAGGCCAAAAUCCUCAGCCUCUUCAAUAGUGGUGCGGUUGUGGCCAACAGCAGCUCUGCAUCCCCCUCAGUUGCUGCCGGAAGCUCCCAGAACCAGAAUUUUUCCACAGCAGCAAACAGCCAGCCUCAGCAAAGACCACAGGCCUCAGGAAAUCAGCCUCCAAACAUCGUGGGACAGGCAGGGUCUUCUCAGAACAUGGGCCCCAGGCCUGGGGCUCCUCCCCAAGGGCUCUUUGGUCAGCCUUCCAGUCGCCUGGCACCUGCCAGCAACAUGGCUAGCCAGAGGCCUGUGUCUUCCACAGGUAUUAACUUUGACAAUCCAAGUGUGCAGAAGGCCCUGGACACCCUCAUUCAGAGUGGCCCUGCCCUUUCCCACCUGGUGAGCCAAACUGCAGCACAGGUGGGACAGCCCCAGGCCCCCAUGGGAUCUUACCAGAGGCAUUACUGAGGCUCCACCGGUCCACUGUCCCUAGGCCACUCUUUCCCCGGUUCCUCCCACUUCAUCCUAAGUAGAGAUGUUUGGAAGUGUUCUUCGCACUCUCCGGGUCAACAUCUAAUAUCCUAAGUUUCUCGCACCACUCCUUCCUGCAGCUGUUGCUUACCACUUAACAGAAUCAGAACUUAGACUGCAUUCGGGGCUGGAUCAUUUGGGUAGAAAGAAAAUAAAUAUUCCUGGGAUCUAGGCUCAGCUUCUGUCUGACAGAGGUGCUCUGGCCCCUGCCUAGUGGAUUUGGAGGAAAAAAGGAAGAAGCCAAGCCCCAGCUUGCCUCAGUUUGGAGGACCAUUUGUGAAGUCAAUGGUCACAGCCUCUGUUUCCACCUCUACACAUGAGCCAGAGCUGAGCUCCUGCUCACAGGCAGGGAGGCCUUUGGCAGACAGUGCCAUUCACUUUCCCAUCAGAGGAUGGAACGCCAUUCAAGGACUCAUAUCGGCUGUCAAAGUGUGAUGUGACAGCCACAGAAGAGAAGGCUCUAUUGCCUGCAGUCACAGUGGUCCCUUGGGAGUUGGUUUGUUUUCCAGUUUCUUGGAGUCUCCAGAAAGUGCUUGCUUAGCACUUUGACAUGAACUCUGACUCUAGGACCCGCGGCUCUUCACAGCAUUAGUCAGCACCUUUCUGUCCAGCGGCACCUCAUGCGGUCA